AUGACCUCCAUCAUGCAAUUUUCGGAGCCUCUUCCAACUUCAUUCCCUGCGCGACGCCCGUCCGAUUUCCAAUCAUCCAGCAUCUCCCCCUUGAUAGCACAGGCGGAAGAGUUGAAGCGAAGGAAAACGCAUCCGCUUCCUCUCGCAGCCGCCCAUCUCUACUCCCGGCACCCAUCGCCCCCUAGGUCCACCUUCUCAGCUUCUGAUCAUCCGGUGCCUUCUGUAGAGGGCGACUGCACACAAUCGCCCUCGCCGCCACCAAGUCCGCGGCAUCGCAAGAAAUAUAUAUUCCGUGAUCCUCGCCGUCGAGCUGCAUACCUGAAAGCACGAAAGGAGCGGGACUUCACACCACCGCUCUUCAAGUCCGACUCUGGCUCUGAGAGGCCUUAUCUCCCCUUGCGGAAACAGUCGGCCUUCAUUAAGGACGAGGAUUUGUUGUCUCAAUUGGAAGCGAGAGCUGAUACUCCGCAUGUCAGCGAGAUGCUUCCAGGUGAAGAUGCUGGUGUUCAGGAAUCAGCGCAGGAGAUGGACAUGCCGGAGCUGGGUUUAGAUGACGAGCCCUUCAUUACCGAUGAUGAGCAGGCGCUGCAUCCGGCUCAGUCGUCCACCAGCCUGCUGACCGAUGACGUCUGUCCUACGUGUUCUAUUGAAGAAGUCCAGUCCAUCAUGGCAAGGAACACGUGA